AUCGAGAGUCGAGGCUCGAGAAGAAGGAACAGGAUUAUCGAACACGUCGCAAAUUCUUAUCCACCUGACUCCCGGAGGAAACUAACCAGGAUAAACGGGCUUCCUCCGUCCGGAAAGACCAAAGUCUCCUCUAGCGUCCAUAGCAGAUUAGCAGUGCAGCCUCGAGCAGUCGAGCUCCAUUCCCCCGACCAGAAUAGCGUAAGAAGCACCACGAGAGAUGAGAUAAUUAGUCACCAAUCCCGCAAUUCGAGUCCAUGGCGCCAUCAGCGACCCCAUGCUCCCUCCGUCUCUUACUCGCCUCGUCUGCUUCUCCGCCGCCUCUCUUCUGCGCCGCCUCGGUCCGUCCCUUGCUGACCGGUAAUCGCGGUGGCCGCGUGCACCUUCGGAUUCGAUGCGGAGCGGCGGACGAGGAGACCGGCGCUCGGAGGGGGGAGCAGGUGAAGGCGUCGGUGGAGGAGAUGGCGCCCGGACGCGACCUCGUCACGCUCGCCGCCUGCCUCGUCGGCCUCCUCACUGGCGUCUCCGUCGUCCUCUUCAACCUGUCGGUUCAUGAAAUACGGGACCUGCUUUGGGAUGGCAUACCGCUACGAGGCGCUUCAUGGCUGAGGGAGGAACCAACUGGUGAAAUUUGGCAGAGAGUGAUCUUUGUUCCAGUUAGUGGAGGCAUCAUAGUUGGAGGGUUGAAUGCACUAAGAAAUUCUAUCAAAAGCAACUCAGAUGGGACUGUAUCUAGGAUAAUGGGUGUGUUUAGGCCAUUCUUGAAAGCUGCGGCGGCAUCUUUCACACUUGGAACUGGCAACUCGUUGGGGCCUGAGGGACCUAGUGUAGAGAUAGGUUCUGCUAUAGCGAAAGGAUUUGGAAACGUAUUCAGAUGGGAAGACGGGAAAACAAUGUCUCUUGUGGCUGCAGGAUCAGCAGCUGGUAUUGCAUCGGGUUUUAAUGCUGCUGUUGCUGGGUGCUUUUUUGCGGUGGAAUCUGUUUUGUGGCCUUCAUCUGUGAAUUCUUCAUCCCUUUCCAACUCAACACCAAUGGUGAUACUCAGUGCAGUGAUAGCGUCUGUUGUUUCAGAGAUUGGUCUUGGUUCUGAUCCUGCUUUCACUGUUCCUGAAUAUGAUUUUCGCUCCCCAACAGAACUUCCACUGUAUCUUUUGCUGGGCGUCUUCUGUGGCUUGGUGUCAAUCACACUAUCUAGGUGUACAGCACUAACUAUGGACAUAGUUGAAAAUUUACAAAAGACAGCAGGAUUGCCGAUGGCUGCAUCCCCUGCCUUGGGUGGCCUUAUUGUUGGUCUUCUAGCUCUUAUAUACCCUGAAGUUCUGUACUGGGGCUUUGAAAAUGUUGAUAUUUUGCUGGAAUCACGGCCAUUUACAAGUGGUCUCUCAGCAACUGUAUUGGUUCAGCUCAUUGGAGUAAAAAUACUGGCGACAUCUUUGUGCAGGGCUUUUGGAUUGGUUGGAGGUUAUUAUGCACCAUCCCUUUUUAUUGGUGCAGCUACAGGCAUGGCAUAUGGCAAGUUCAUGAGAUUCACAUUUACUGGCCCUGAAUCACUGUUCCAUGUCCCAUUCCUGGACGUGGCAUCACCUCAAGCAUAUGGCCUGGUAGGUAUGGCAGCUACACUUGCUGGUGUGUGCAAAGUGCCUCUGACAUCUGUCCUCCUACUGUUUGAGCUUACACAGGACUAUCGUAUAGUUCUACCUUUGCUUGGUGCUGUUGGAUUAUCAUCCUGGAUUGCUUCUCCUCAAAGGUUCUCUAAGAGCAGUAAGGGUAAGCUGGAUUCUUUGGAGGAGAAAACAAGUACUGUUCAACAGACAAAAAGUGUGCCCUCCCAAACCCAACAAGUCAAUUCCCUGGAUAGUGUUGAUGCUACCGCAGAAUUAUGUAAACUUGAAAGCUCACUCUGUCUCUACAAUGUCAGAGAUGAGAACAUAUUGGAAAAUCUUACUGUGGCAGAGGCUAUGAAAACUAGAUAUAUUUCUGUCUCAUUGACAACUCCGAUAAUUGAGGCACUAAAUCUUAUGUUUGUGGAGAAGCAACCAUUUGUUGUGAUAAUUGAGAGCAACAAAUCUCUAGUAGGAUUGCUAACACUCAAAGAUUUCCAAGAUUUCUGCGGAACUGUAAAAAUCACCAAGGCGCAAACUGAGGUACAUGAACAUCUGGUAUCUCAUGUUUGUGGAGUCAUUAAGUGUAAAAUGUGUUCUGUUACACCUCAGAUGCCACUUGCUACUGCUGAAAAGAUUAUGGAUUCCCAUGGAGUUGACCAACUUCCUGUAAUUUCUGCUAAUCAUCAGGAUGGAGGACCCUUGAUUGGUUUUAUAGAUAGAGAAUGCAUCACCAUUGCUCGAAGAGCUUCGGCAGCAAAAGAUUUUUUUAAGUUUCAAAUCUGAGAUCAGACAGGAAGAGAGAUGAUGCAGAUUCACUCAGUAAUUCCCGUGAUAUUCGCAGCACUGAAAUUUCUCUUGCAGCCUGAGAGUUGAUCAGGUUCAUUUCGGCGUAUAAGAUAAAGCUGGUCAACAUGUCCAGAAUCAUACUUGACCAGGUUAGUUUGGUAACUUAAGAAUGUGAUUCAGAAUGUGGAAAUCCUGGGUUAAGGGCCUUCCAUUUUCACCAAGAUACCCGCCUGCGUCUUGCAUGUGCAUUCAGAAGUGCAUUGCUGCGUUUUUUAAUUGUCAGAAGAGUCAAGAACAUGCUACAGGUUUUCUAAUAAUUAUAUCGCAGCAACUUGUCUCUGCCUUGUAUAUACAACUGCUCUCUUCGUUUGCAAAACAAAAUAGGUCAGUGAGGGGAUUAGUGCUUUGGCAUAUGAGUGUGCAUACAAUGCAGUACUCCCUCCUUUCCAAAUAUAAGGAUACAUAAUUAUGCGUGCAGUCAACGCUCUAAAACUUUGACUAUAAUUUUGACUUAUAUGUUUAUAAAGUUAGUAAAAAAAAUAUGGCAUGCAAGUAUUUUGCAAGACAAAUACAAUGAUAUUAUUCUCAGUGCUUAAUUCAUAUACUUUGUCAUAUAAUAGUGGUCAAAGUUUUAGAAGGUUGACUGCACGUAUAAUUAUGUGUCUUGUAUUUUAGAAAGGAUGGAGAAUCUUUCAUUGACAGACUUUGAAAAGAUUGGCAACAAGAUCUGGGCCGGGCUUGCAUGCUCUCAGGACCCAGGAGCUUACGUGCAGUGAGCUGCUAGUUCACCUUUUGAAAUGUCUAGCGUUAGAAAACAAAUAUUUACAAUGUUCUCACAACAUGCGUCUACUGUCAUGUAAAAUUGUAGGUCAAAAUCCAAGCAGCAUAUCAAGUACUGAAAAAGACAGGUCUGCUUAUGUGGCAAAGAAUUCCUCUACCUUAUGAUAGUUAGAGCUACUUACCAGGGCUUCCAUUCAAAGCUUAUCACACUCUCCUUCCGACCCUCGAGCACCGGUCCAAGUUAUUAGCUAUGAAUGAAUAGUGUGAUAGUGAUAUUUAGUAUUAUUCACAUGUGUCUUCGUCAUUAUAGUUGUUUGAUCUCUCGGUUGAAUUUUCACGUAAAUUUGAUGGUAUGGAUAAAUGUUGCUGGAAAGAUCAGGUUAUGCC